AAAACUAUCCCAAGUCAACGGUCUUCGUCAACUCUCCCAACGAUCACGGCCGCCUUUAAAUAUAUACCACACCACUAACCAUCAAGACUAACCACCAAAGUCCAAAUCACCACCGCAUUUCCCGCCGGCGCCACCACUAUGUCUACCCCUGAUCCCCUCCUCCUCCUCCUCCCCCUCUUCCUUUUCUUGGCUUCUCAAGCUUCCUACGCCCAACUACGAAACCAAACCUCCGAUUUCCCAUGGGUGGCGUCGGAAAACAGAACUCUCGUUUCGAAUAACUCAGUCUUCGCCGCCGGAUUCCUCCCAACGAACUCCACCGACCGAUUCAUCUUCUCCGUUUACUACGAGGGCAUCUCCAUACGACAAGUAAUCUGGUCGGUCAACGAUGAUUCCCCGGUAAACGGAUCAUCCUCCCUCAACAUCACCGCCUCCGGUGAACUCCGUCUCGGUGAAAUACAAUUCCCCGGAGCUCCGACAUCAUCCAGCAACUCCACCCACUUGCUCCAGCUCACCGACGGCGGAGAGUUGCGAUUUGGGAACUGGAGAAGUUUUCUUCACCCGACAGAUACGAUCGUUCCGGGACAAGAUAUCAACGGAACAACUUUGACUGUGAGAGGCGGAGCUUUCAGAUUUGACGGGAAAAAAUUGUUAUUCAACGGAAGUUACGAUGCAGAAUCGUCGUAUUAUUCAAACGACAACGCGUUUCUAAGCUUCGAUGAUACCGGGAAGGUUCAGCAAGAAAACGGCGCUUCGUUAAUCACCUCAGACUACGGCGACAAGGUGCAGAGAAGAUUAAAGCUCGACGACAAUGGAAAUCUCAGGAUUUACAGCUUCAAUCAGAACAUCAGUCAAUGGAUUGUUGUAUGGCAAGCGAUCCCGGAGUUAUGUAGAAUCAAGGGAACCUGCGGACCAAAUUCUAUAUGUAUGUACGGUGACAAUUACGAUACUACAGUCUGCGAUUGCCCACCGGGAUACCGGCGAAACUCCGGCACCGGUGAUGAACAAUGCUCGAGAAAAAUUUCAAAUUUGAGAGAAUCCAAGUUUUUGCAGCUUGAUUAUGUGAAUUUCAGUGGGGCAUCGGGACAAGGGAACCAGUGGUCUAUGGUGGCUCUGAACUUUACAUCGUGUAAAGCCGGUUGCUUGAAUAACCCGGAUUGUGUCGGGUUCGGGUACAAAUUCGAUGGGCAAGGUUAUUGUGUUUUUGUGAAGCAGUUAUUCUACGGGAUAUGGUCUCCGGCGAAUGAAGCUGCUUUCUUUCUUCGUGUUGAUUCGUUGGAAUCCGAUCAGACAAAUUUCACAGGCUUAACAAGCAUCCUGGAGACAACAUGCCCUGUUCGAGUUAGCCUUCCAUUGCCACCGGAAGAAUCAAAGUCCACCACUCGAAACAUAGCAAUCAUAUCGACUCUAUUCGCGGCGGAGUUAAUCAGCGGCGUCGCAUUCUUCUGGGCUUUUCUCAGGAAAUACGUGAAAUACCGAGACAUGGCUCGAACAUUCGGGCUCGAAUUCCUCCCCGCCGGUGGCCCAAAACGAUUCAGUUACGCCGAGCUAAAAACCGCUACAAAUGAUUUCUCCACCACAAAUGUCGUCGGAAAAGGAGGGUUUGGUGAUGUUUACAAAGGCGUGUUGACUGAUCACCGGAUUGUUGCUGUGAAAUGCCUGAAAAACGUCGCCGGAGGGGAUAACGAGUUCUGGGCUGAGGUCACCAUUAUUGCGAGAAUGCAUCAUCUGAAUUUAGUCCGAUUGUGGGGAUUUUGCGCUGAGAAAGGUCAGAGAAUACUGGUUUACGAGUAUGUCCCAAACGGAUCUCUAGACAAGUUCCUGUUCCACUCCGGUAAAGUCGACUACACAAACGGCGAACAAGAUCUGGAAGAUAGCAAGCUGUUAGAUCGAAAACCCAUACUCGAUUGGGGGAUUAGAUACCGAAUCGCCCUCGGAGUAGCUCGUGCGAUUGCGUAUUUGCACGAAGAAUGCCUGGAAUGGGUUCUCCACUGCGACAUCAAACCGGAGAACAUUCUCCUCGGAGCUGAUUUCUGCCCAAAAAUCUCAGAUUUCGGAUUAUCAAAACUGAGGAAGAAGGAAGACAUGGUUAGCUACUCAAGGAUGCGGGGAACUCGAGGGUACAUGGCGCCGGAGUGGGUGAAGAGCGACCACAUUACACCGAAGGCCGAUGUUUACAGUUUCGGAAUGGUUUUGUUGGAGAUGGUGACAGGGGUUCGUAAUUUCGACAUUCAAGGUUCGAAAAUGGAUAGUGAAGAUUGGUAUUUUCCUCGAUGGGCGUUUGAUAAGGUGUAUAAAGAGAUGAAUAUUGAGGAUAUUUUGGAUAAUCAGAUUAAGAGGUCGUAUGAUAGUCGGCUUCAUGAGGAGAUGAUUACACGAAUGGUGAAGACGGCGAUGUGGUGUUUGCAGGAUCGGCCGGAGAUGAGGCCGUCGAUGGGGAAGGUGGCGAAGAUGUUGGAAGGAACGGUGGAGAUGAUUGAACCCCAAAAGCCGACGAUAUUUUUCUUGGGAGAUGAGUAGGUGGUUCAUCGUUAUGUAUGAAGAUUUUGUGACGCAAUCAGAUUUUAAGAAGAAUUAAAAGGAAUUGUUUUCGUAUAUUUACAAGUUGUAAAUGCAAAUAUAAGGGGAAUAAUUUUAUGGAUAAGACAAAAUACAUUAGAUUCUCGAA